AUGCGUGCACGGAAUUCCGGGAGGGUGGUGCCGUGGCUCUCCAUAUCGUGUGUUCGCGUAAUAGGCAGUAUCAGCGUGGUGGCAAUGAAUCUCCUCUACGACUCGCCCAGGCAGACGCCAAACGUCACUGCGCCUGUCACUUCCAGGGGGUCCUUCCAUUUACAGAGUGUGUUGCAGAGGACGGUGCAAGGUGUGGAAGAAAUUGAUUCAGUAUUCGCCACCAUUUCGAAGCGUCAAGGUGAACUAUUGGAGAAGCGCGAAGCAGACGAGAGGUUUUUUUAUAUACAAUGUUCUCCUCUUCGUCAAUCGGCGCGAUCAAGUACCGUUGGUUCCUCUUUGCACGCUUGA